UGGAUGGAUGGAGUGAGAGCAAAGAGGAAGCACCAACCUGUCAUGUCAGUGUGUUUAAUGACAUCUGAGCAGCGGGAGGGGCGGGGGAGGUUAAAGCCUAAGACACUUAAACUCCAGCGAGAUCAGCCUUCAACUGUCUGUCCGGACAUCACAUCUCAGCUGUCGGGGAGAGUAUGGAGCGCCAAAACUUUAGAAACCUGAGGGAGAAGUGCACCCUGAGGAGGGACAUCAUCAGAGAGUUUCUGGCGGAAUUACUAGGGACAUUCGUGCUAAUACUCUUCGGUUGUGGUUCAGUGGCCCAAACUGUUCUCAGCAGAGAAAAACAAGGAGAAAACCUCACCAUCCACUUUGGCUUUACUCUAGGGGUGAUGCUGGCGGUGUACAUGGCAGGAGGCGUGUCAGGUGGACAUGUGAACCCAGCUGUUUCUCUGGCUAUGGUCGUCUUGGGGAAACUCCCACUGAAGAAAUUUCCUGUCUAUGUGGUAGCCCAAUUUCUAGGUGCCUUUGCAGGGUCUUGUGCUGUCUUCUGUCUGUACUAUGGUGCCUUCGCAAAUUUUGCUGAUGGACAACGAUUUGUAGUUGGUGAAAACGCCACAGCAGGUAUCUUUGCCUCAUAUCCACGUGAAGAUCUCUCAUUGUUAAACGGAUUCAUUGAUCAGGUGAUUGGCACAGGCGCCCUGGUCCUCUGUAUUUUAGCCAUUGUUGAUAAGAGGAAUAUCGGGGCACCUAAAGGAAUGGAGCCACUGGUUAUUGGUCUGAGCAUCCUGGCUAUCGGAGUGUCCAUGGCGUUGAACUGUGGCUAUCCCAUCAACCCUGCCAGAGACCUGGGACCUCGGCUCUUCACUGCCAUGGCAGGAUGGGGACUAGAGGUGUUCAGUGCUGGAAAUGGCUGGUGGUGGGUUCCAGUGGUCGGGCCCAUGGUGGGCGGUGUGGCCGGGGCAGUGAUCUACUUCCUGAUGAUUGAGCUGCAUCACCCUGAGCUUGAGAAGAACCUUGAGGACGACAACAGCAUCAAAGAUAAAUAUGAACUGAACACCGUGAACUAGAAAUAGAGGGAAAGUAUGGUAUCUUUUCCUUCACUAUAGACCUCAGACAGGAAGCACUGUUAUUUUUACAAACUCUCCAUCUCUGUCUUUUCCUCUAGAUCUCUUUUCUGAGUCCUUUGCCAAGUCAGUUCAUGAAACUAAGCAGCUAUGAAAAACAGCAACUGUUACUGAUCUAUAAUUCUAGCUUUUUGCAAGCUUUUUGUUAAGUUUAAAAAUCACCAAUUAUUCUAUAUAUUCUAUAGAAUGAUCAACAGAAGAAACUGUAUUUUAUGUAAAGCAUCCACAGUUUGAGUAUAUAUCAUCAACACCACUGCCAGUAAAAGGUUACAGGUGCUAACAGAUCCAACUCUGGAAUGUAUAUAAAGAUAAUAAUCAUUUUCAACUGGUUUCUCACGCUUGCUUUUUUGUUUCUUAAAAGAUUCAUUCAAUUCAGGUUGUCUAGCCUCACCCGGAGACCUUUUCUUCAUUUCUUCAAAUCUACUGUUUAUCUUCUUAGAAUUUUUCAUAGAUCCUGUAGCUUGCCAUAAGCAGAUAUUCUUCUCACACUAAAAUGAAGGAAAAAGGUACUUUACUGUCCACUCUGUUUAAUCAAAGUCUGUAAACAGUUAAGUCAGAACGAAUCAGUACAACACAUGAAUAGAUGAGCUACUAAUUGCAUGCAUAUCUGCUGAUAAGGUAACUCGCAUGAGGAAUGGAAUGAACAUGGCAAUGCAUGCAAAAAUGAAUUUGCUACGAACUAUUACAUACGAGCUUAAGAAGAAAUAAAUGUGUAUUUAUGCUACAACGUGUCAAAAUGUUCAAGAACAUAAUUGCAUCAGAACUUAUAGGAGCAGUAUUGCAUAUAACGUCACAUUAAAGACUUAGCAAAGCUUAAUGUGAUGGGGUUUUUUUAGGUAUUUUGUAGCUGUUGUUUGUGAAAUAAAAUUGUUUAAUGUGUUUUUUCUUCUUUUUAAAACAUUAUUAUAGUAAUUUAUUUACUGGCACUUAAAUGAACUCAGCUGUUUGUACAAUUCAAAUAAAUAUUUUUGUCUUUUUAUCCUGCUAUUUCAGGUUCAGAUUUUUUUUACUUAUUCUCUCAUAAAUGAAACUUGAGAUUAAUUGCUGAAUUCAAAAUGUCGAAGAUAGUAUUUUCAUUCUGCUAAUGUAGACCUAAUAUAAUGAAAUAAACAUACUGUUAUAAAUA